CGUAGUUCGUUCAUAUUAUUUCAUAGUAUGCAAUUUGCAAUUUGCGAUUCACAUACAUGCAUUUUUUUAAUUUGUGAUUUGAAAUUGAAUUGAUACAUUUCCAAAUUUCGUACGAUAAUUAGUUACAGUUUAUUUAACUCGGUGAAACCGGUUUGAUAAGAUAUCCGGAAUCUAACCUAACGUUUCCUCCGAGAUUUACAAUUUAGGAACCUUAUUGAUAAAAUAUGUAAUGAAUAAAAAAAACUCUUAUCUAAUGAAGAUUGAAGAUGGGCCCUAAUUCUGACGUAGUAAAGUUAACCCCCAGAGUGCACUUAAUUCGCGAUGAUCGUGUCGAGAGGAUCGUGAAAAAUUGGAUGAGCCGUGAACAAAGUAGGCUACAGGAAUCAAUAAGACUUGGAAAUGAUGAGAUUACUUCAAAUAAUAAAACUGACGAUAAUUCUGAAAAAGCAGAUCUUGCAACCACUCCUCCUCCCAUGUUUAUCAAGAUCGAGACCGAGGCUGCACCGGAUGUCGACGUGGACGUCGACCAAAUGGAGGAUGAGAUCGACAUUGUGCACAGUAUUGUCGUCGGAGGUGGUGAUGAAGUAAUACGAAGAACACGAAGAGGCCGAAUUGUGCGUUCUGUCUCCAACAAUGCCGUCACUCGGGGCACCGAUAAAAAACAGAGCGGUCACAAAAGGGUCAGGAAAAAGGAGGAAUAUCGCUAUCGCCCCAAAACCGUAGAAUGUCCCCACUGUGGUAAAAUGUUUGUAAGCCAGAAGCACCUCGCCCUUCACGUCGGUCCGGCCCAUGAUAACGUCCGGUAUCCGUGUUCCGUCUGCGGGAAGGAGUUGUCCUCUCCGCGACAUUGUGCCGCCCAUGAGGCCGUCAUUUGCAAGGUGAUCCAUCCCCCAAAACUGUUGAAGGAUUUGGGAGUAAGAAUUUGGACUUGUGGGGUGGCCCAAUGUGGAAAAAUGUUUUCGAGAGAGAAGGAUUUGGACUACCACACCAUCGCCAAACAUGACACGGAAAGUCCGUACAAAUGCUCCGAGUGUGGGGAGGGGUUCACACGAAAAACGUGGUGGAUAGCGCAUGAGAAAAAGUGCAAAAUUUCGAGUGCAGAUGAUGAUGAAGAAGAGAUGAACCCAACCCGGACUACUGGAUCUAUGAAAAACAAUGAACUAAAAUACAAUGCAGACAAGGAAAUGCAGAUAAAAACGGAGCCUCUUCCAAGUCCUAUUACUUCUCCAGUGGACAAUAAUAUAAGACCUGCCGAGAUGAUAAAGACUGAGCCGUCUUUUCUCCACGACGACACAGAACCGACAUCCUGCGACACUAUAAAUGCCCCCACGAUUUUUGUCGGUGGUCCCCCCAACCUCGACGAUACCAGAGAAAUUAAAUCCGAAACGCCAAUCGUCCCCAACCCGACGACCAUCCCGAAAAUAAAAAGUGAGACGAAAUCUCGCAAGAAAUCCCCUAAUGGAACUCAUAUCAGAGGCAUAAACGAAUGUGACCAAUGUGACGAGGUGUUUUCCAGCGUGGAAAAACUCGCUCUUCAUUUACGCACGGUCCAUCCCGACGUCAAGUAUCCGUGUUCUGAAUGUGGAAAAGUUUUGCUCUCCGAGAGACACCGUGUCGCCCAUGAAGUCAUCAUCUGUAAAGUGGUUCACCCUCCAGAACUCCUGAAAAAGCUGUGCGUCAAGAUACACAAAUGUGGAGUGGGACGAUGCGGACAAUUGUUUUCGAGAAAGAACAACCUCGACAUACAUGUCCGGAAGAAACAUGGAGACCGUUAACGAUGGUUGGAGCUUAUUUAAAGUAGUUAUGUAUGUUUAAUUAUUUGUCGAAAACAUUGCGGAAAUAAGAGUUGAGAUGUUUACCAAACAAAACGGUGUUUAUUGCAUAAUAUUUCUUCAAAAAGCAGGCAGUUUUCAUGCUUUUGUUUAAAAUUCAUUCGUUUCCAUUUCUUGUUGGUGUAAUCAAAUAUUUAAUUUCAAUAUAAUUGUUAAUCAUCAAUUUAAGUAAUUCAAUAAAAUCCUAUUAUUUU